UUCUUUAUAGGUAUCAGUUAGUCCUAAAAUCAUUUAUCUCACAAAUGAUGAAUAAAUAAUCCAGAAUAAUUUUGUCCGUCCAUCCCUCCAUCCUCCGGACAAACAAACAAAUUUCUGACUCCGCGAGUUGAAAAAAUAGUUACAAGCAUCUUAAUUUGACAGUACCAGUAGAAAGACAACUACAGAGAGCUGAAGUAGAACAGUGGCAAGGUUGGGACUCGGAAAUUGAUGGCUAAAAUUGGAUUAAAAUUGGAGGGUUUGAGAAAACAUACAGUUGCUGUGAAUGGUUUGUUUGUUCUAGCUUUAGCGAUUGUUGCGUCUGGGGAGCAAAUUCCAUAUGAAUCCACUUUGAGAAACAAUGGAACAACUCAUCAUAGCAUUGAGUCAAAUUACUUAUUUGAUCUAUUCAAUCUUCUUCGGGAAAAGAGUGAGAUUCAUUACCACCAUGUUUGGCCUGAACUGGAAUUUGGGUGGAGGGUGAUUGUUGGUUCAGUAAUUGGAUUCUUUGGUGCUGCUUUUGGGAGUGUAGGAGGUGUCGGGGGAGGCGGUAUCUUUGUCCCUGUGCUUACUUUGAUCAUUGGAUUUGAUCCUAAAACAUCAACUGCAAUAUCAAAAUGUAUGAUCACUGGUGCAGCAGGUACAACUGUCUAUUACUGUGUUAAACUGAGGCAUCCAUCACUUGACCUGCCCAUCAUUGAUUAUGAUCUAGCUCUUCUUUUCCAACCAAUGUUGUUGUUGGGAAUCAGUAUUGGAGUUGUACUAAAUGUACUUUUUGCUGAGUGGAUGGUGACAAUCUUACUGAUCAUUCUUUUCUUAGCUGCAUCAACCAAGGCAUUCUUCAAGGGCGCCGAGACAUGGAAGAAAGAAACUAUUAUUAAAAAGGAAGCAGCUAGGCGCUUGGCAUGUAAUGAUGCUGGUGGGGAAGAAGUUGCAUACAAAUUUAUAUCCGGAGGUCCGAAAAAUGGUUCUACUUUUACAAAUGAAGUUUAUAAAGAAAAGGAGGUCUCAAUUUUUGACAAUAUGUACUGGAAGGAUACCACCAGACUUAUUGCUGUCUGGAUCAUAAUCCUAUUUCUGCAUGUCUCCAAGAACUAUGCCCCAACUUGUUCAAUGACAUAUUGGAUCUUAAGCCUCUUGCAGCUCCCCAUCGCUGUUGGAGCUUCUGCAUAUGAAGCUGUUUGCUUGUACAAGGGAUCGAGGGUGAUUCUUUCGAGUGGAGAAGCAGUAAUAACAUGGAAAGUGCAUCAGUUGAUUCUUUACUGUUGCUGCGGCAUUUUGACUGGUAUAGUUGGUGGUCUGCUAGGUCUUGGUGGUGGAUUCAUUUUGGGUCCAUUGUUUCUGGAACUAGGGAUUCCUCCUCAGGUAUCAAGUGCUACUGCUGCUUUUGUGAUGAUAUUUUCCUCCUCCAUGUCCGUCAUACAAUAUUACUUGCUAGGACGUUUUCCAGUACCAUAUGCACUGUAUUUUAUUGCUGUGGCCAGUAUUGCAGCUUUAAUAGGACAGCAUGUUGUACGAAGAAUAAUUAGCAUAGUUGGUAGAGCAUCUGUGAUUAUCUUCAUUUUGGCCCUCACAAUCUUUGUGAGCGCAAUAUCAUUAGGUGGAUUUGGCAUAGCAGACACGAUUAAGAAGAUCGACGAAGGACAACAUAUGGGGUUUGAUAAUAUAUGUGCAUAUAAUCCUUGGGCAAAAAAAAUUAAAUUCCACGUUUAGUUUUCCUUUUUUUUAAGUAGCAAAUCUUGAUAUUAGGUGAAUUCAUGUAUUUGGUGAUUAUGGACGUUAGCUUCAGGAAAUCAACUUAGGCAUUAUAAUUGUAAAUUGGUUUAGUAUUUGAUGUGUACACAACUUAAAUUCGAUUGUUCACAUAGAUGGGGCCGAUUUGCCAGUCUUUGUAGAA